UUUCUUACUGCGGCCGCAAUAUAUUCUAGAGGGCGUAAAAACACGGUGAAUUUUUCCGAUGACACAAAUUCCCAUAAGUGUGGCAGUCUUUAGUAGGCUCUCGUCGGUGUGUAUGCCAAAAAUGGUCACCCAUCGGUAAUAAAGGCAUAUCCAGUCUUAGAUCUGUAGUGACUGGUCAGUGGCAGUCAGUGGUAUUACAUACAUUUUGAGGAAGAUGCUAUAAGGGUUGAGAAUGGCUUAUGUUACAUAAACAAUUAUUUACCAAUUUAAUACUUAAUGAAUGUUUUAGUAUUAUACAAUAUAAUGUAUAACAAAAUGUUAAAUAAAGAUUAAAUAAAAAAAUACAAGAAUAAAAGAAAUUAAUAGAAUGGAGGAACAAAGUAUUUUAACAUCUAAAGCAUAUAAGCGUGCUGAGGCCAAUUUAAAGGACAAAUUGAGACCAACAUUUUUAAAACAUUACCCUCAUUACUUAGUACCUGGUUAUAAUUUACAUAAUAAUUUGAUUUUGGAUGAGGCAGAUUUAGAAAACAUUAUAGAACAGUAUCAAGAUUAUCCUUAUCACUGUGAUUUACCAAAACCUUUAUUGCCUCCUGUUAGAUUACCUAGAAGUGUACUAAACGAAGAAGAUCCUGUAUUGGAAUUGGUUACGCUUAAAAAUCAUAUAAAUAAUGAUAUAAAAAGGAUGAAACAGUAUUAUUCUAAACAUGAAAAAGAACUAAGAUUAAUAUGUAAGAAGGAUGUAAAGUGGACUUCUACUAAAGAUGCAGUUACUACAAAAAUACCCAAGUACAUAGCAGAUUUAGCAGAAACAAUGGACAAGGAUCCAGAUCCUUAUUUUGAAGGGAUUUAUAAUUGGUACUAUACUGGUGGCACUGUAGAUUAUGUGCAAUUCCACAAUAUAAAUAUUUUACUUUUUCCGUUUAUGGGAGACUUAGUAAGUGUACCUGUUGUAAAUGAAGAGGAAUAUUUGUGGAAACCAUUGUUACAGAAGGCAGCUAAAUGUGAACUUGAAGGUUCAUUAUAUGAAUUAAAACAUAAUAUUAAUGCUAAUGCAUGUAUGAUUUUGGGCAGAUACAAGCAUAAUUGUAAUUUUUAUAUGCUAUAUGAGCGCGAUAACAAACUACGUCUUACUGAAAUUCAUACACAGCCAUCAGCAGUUCCAUAUGUUAGUGCAGACUUACAUUUAAUUAAUAAAAAUCAAUAUUGCACAGUGAAUGUAGAAAGAUCUGUAACAUUAUGGGAUAUAACUAAAAUGCAGCAUAUAAGUAGUUAUAAUGUGUUCCAGACUACUGUAGUAGAUGAUUUAUGGGCAAAUAUAAAGUUUCAGUUAAUGGAUCCAGAUGUUAUUUUAUACGUGGAUAGGUGUUGUCUUCAUUAUCUUGAUACUAGGGUUCCAUUCGAAAGACCCGCAUUAACAUUAUGCCCAAAAUCUAAUUUGGAAAAGUGUGAAAAUCUUUCAUUAGAUAUUGCAAGUAGAAAUAGUUUCUGUAGAUAUAUUGGAACUUAUCAUAGUCUUUUAAUGUGUGACAAUCGUUCGCCUAAACAAUGCGUUCAACAAAAAUGGACACAUCAAUUUAAAGGUCCACCGCUUAUAGGUCAUGCUUUAAAUAGAGAUGACAAGGAAUUUGUUAUGCUAUCUAGUCAAAUAUCUGGGGAAAAUAGAAUAAUUUUAAAUACAUGGACGAGCAGUGAGAUUUCGCACUCGUUUAAUUUUCCAUUUACUCCUCCCCAUGUUAUGGAAACGCUGAAUGAAUCUCAAAUGCGGGGAAUGUGUUUGAAUCCAUAUUUAAGAGACAGGUUUGAAUUAAGCAAUAGCGGCUGUUAUAUGAUCAAAAAUAGCGCGGAAAAUAUAUUUCUAUUCUUUCAAAAUUCUAUUGGCGAUAUAUUUUAUCAAUCUAUAACACAUGAUACUGCAUUGAACACUUAUUCACUGGUAAACUGUAAGUCAUAUUACUUAUUGAAUGAUUGGGAAAAUGCAGUAUCUACACAACCAGAUACCAUAGUACCCCUUACAAUUUCCGAUAAAUCAAAUAUGCAACAUAUUAUUGGGUGUUUCACCGAUAAGAACUUACAGUUAAAAAAUACGAACCAUAAUUCAGAUAAUGUUGAAGUGGGUUGGAAGCAAUCUCUUGAACAAUUAAACUCUUACACAGAUCUGUUAGCACCAGAACUUUUAGCCGUAUGGGAAAUAUGUGAAGAAGUUCCAAUUUCUUUAACAGCAGCCCCUCAUGAAAAAGUUUUAAGUUGGUUGCAAACAACAGAAACAAAAUCACAAGUAUUAUCUCAAGAAAAGUUAGAUAACGUAGAAACACCAAUUAGUAGCCAAGAAUUAAUAAGCGUGAGUCAGGAAGUGGAUAUAACUCAGUUGGACGACAGUAACGUGUUACAAGAGAUGUUUUUACCGAAAGUUAAAACUUCACGUUCUAGAAAGAAGCAAAACACACGAAAGAAAUAAUAACAGUAUUUCGAUAUAUGAAUUACUUGUUUAUUUAUUUAUAGUAAAAAUUGUACAAUAAUUACAUGUAAUAUGCAUCGACAAAAUGAAUGAACAUGUUGAUAAUAAUUUACAAGUUUUGUAAUCUACAACAUUGCAUUUUCUGAUACAACUUAAGGAUUUCGGUUGAAAGUUGAUUUCCAUCUUGACGUAAGUACUUUAUUACUCUCUUGUUGUGCCUUACUCUCUUCUUCUUCCAUUUGCAUCUGAAAAUAUCGGAGUUAAUUAGAUAUACUUCGUUUAGUUACUACUCGAAAAAAUAUAAAUAUAAUAGUUACCAAUAACUUUCGUUGAUUUUCUCUAAAGACUUGUAAUGGAUUAUCAAAUUGCUUAUAGUAAUUAAGAACUUCUCGAACAUCAUCAACGUUUGUCGCUAAUAUAGCUGAAAAAUAUUUGUUACGAGAGGUCAAUUAACAUAAUAACAUAAUGAUACAUGGACAUGUAUAAAGCAUAUUUACAUUCAUUAGAAGAAACAUACUUUUUAGGAAUGCAGCUAAAUCAUACAAUGUUGUAUCAUCAUCAUUUCCAGUCCAUUGAGGUAAUCUCAAAGUGUUUUCAGGAUGGAACUUCGUACUUUGUGAAUUCCAGUCAAUUACUAUAACCUGUAAAAUAUUUAGUUAAGUAUAUAAAAAAGUGUUUAACUUUUAUAUAAACCAUAGAUUAAGUACUCACUUUACGAAGAUCGCGGUUAAGAGCAUCUAAAUCCUUAACAUGAUGACCAUCAACAAAACGCGUUGUGUCUCUUACUAAUCUGUACAUGAUAUAUCCAUUAGGAUCUAAGAUAUCCAAAAUAGGGAAAACAGUCUAAAAAUUACAUAAAUUAAUUAUAAUACAUAGAAAUAAUGUAUGUUACUUUUGAAUAAAUAAUCAAGAUUUUUUUUAC